AUGGCGCCUAAAAUCCUAUUUCUCCGGCCAAAGAGAGCUGCCACAUUAUGGUCAAAUAGUCAACCUUUAUUUUGCUUUAGUAUAAUAGAUAGAUACUGCAUAUCAUCUUUCCAAUCUCAAAUGGAAACCACAUCCCUAAUUUUACUCAUGCUCCUUCAAGCAAUCAUCAUUGAUAUUAAUCUCGCCAUAGCUCAAAAACCCAUCCCAACCCAACAAUUCUUCAAAUGUAGCAACAAUGGCAAUUUCAGUUCCGAUAACCUACUAAAAGACCGAGAUCAGACAUUCAAUUUACUCUUUAUGCAAGAUGAUGUUGGAAGUUACACCGGUUGGGACCUACAAACGAAAGGUGUGGUUUGGACCAGGAGUGUUUGCCCCUCAAAUAUUAAAUUGGAAGAUUGUAGGGGUUGUGUAAAGAACACCGUCCCAUAUCUUAAUAAAAAUUGUCCCAAACAAAAGGAAGGUAUGGCUUGGACAGCCUUAACGAAACUAUAUUGCAUGGUGCAUUAUGCAGAUUCUCCGGACCCAACAAUUUUUGAUUGGGCUAUAUUCUAUUCCCCACCUCCUCUAACUCCUGCUAACGCGGGUGAGUUGGAGAAGGGGGUGAAUAAUUUAGCAAAUAAACUGAAGGAGAUUACAACCGCAGUUAAUAACCAGCAGAGAUAUGGGUUUUGGUCUAUGAGUUAUAAUGCACCAAGUUCAAAGAUUUUAUGGGGGUCUAUGCAGUGUAUUAAUGGCUUACCAGAUACAACCUGCAAGAAAUGUUUAUCUGAUGCAACUAAUGAGAUGCAUAAAUGUUGUAGCAGAGUAAGAAAACACUCUGGGAUGAUCUUGUCAUAUAAUUGUCAGUUUUGGUAUGCGCAUUAUAAUUUUCGUCUUCUUUAA